AUGUUCAUUCUGAAGACCCUCGCUGUCCUCGGUGCCGCCGUCACCGUGGUGUACGCCCAGACGGCUUCUCCUACUCCCACAUUCGACGCCUGCACCACCUCCUGCCUCACCAACAGCGCGUCCUCGAACGGCUGCGAUCUCACUAACACCACCUGUCUCUGCACGAACUCCAACUUCCAGCAAGCUACCGUCGAAUGUCUUCAGGCCAACUGUUCGUCAACAGACCUGGCCGCUGUCCUUGCCGCACAGUCGGUGGAGUGCAACGCUGCCAACAGUAAGCGUCUCCUCUCGCCCGUGCGAGGUGCAGCACGGGUCACUGACGCCCCCUGUCUUCGUAGCGACAUUCGGCCCUAGUACAUCAACCAGCAGCAAUACCCAAAGCG